UUGCUCUUGGGUCCGCGCGGCCGCGCAGCAGGGUGGCGGGUGCCGCGCGCUUUUCUUCGGUUGGCCAGCUCCGCUCCGGAUCCGCUACCUGACCGUCCCGGGAUGAAGGGGAACCCGGGCGGGGGAGGAUAGAGCCGAGACGACAGGAUCGAUUGGCGCCUCCGCCUACCGUCCCCACCACGCCUUCCUGAAGGAUAGGUUGGAACCGCUCCUGGAUUCAAACUCGUUGAGGACCAGGAGACAAAAUGUCAUCAAAUGUAUUGCCAACACCACCGAAUUCUGAAGACAAAGUAAAAGAUGACUCCGUCAAAAAGGACAGGCCUUAUAAGAUCUUUUUCAAAGAUCUCUUUCUUUACAAAGAAAAUGAAAUGGCAACAAAGAGAAAGGAAAAAGUUAUGAAUAGUCAAAUGAAAAUCCACCAAAAGACUACUUUUUCAUCACGAAUGAAGAGUCGCUCACACCUGAGGCAACUAGCUUUCCGCUCUGACACAACUGAUAGCUUUGAAAAGUUUGGACUAGAUCCCGCUAUUAUUCUCAGAUUAACAGACGGUUCAGACUCCAAAAGGACUGUCCAUGAUUUUAUUAAUGAUCAGAGAGACAGAUUUCUGCUUGAGUAUACUCUGUCAGCCAAAAGAAACACAAUUCAAAUGUUGGAAGAAAGCAUGGUAAUGAAAGAAAAGGAACUUGCAAAAGCAGAAAAAAAGCUCCAAGAUGACUCAAUGGCCUUUGAAGAGUUCCUUCGAGAAAAUGACCAGAGAUCUGUGGAUGCUCUUAAAAUGGCAGCACAAGAAACUAUGAACAAACUCCAAAUGACAGCAGAGCUGAAGAAAGCGAGCAUGGACCUGCAGGCUGUGAAGAGCGAAAUAGCAAAAACAGAAUUCCUCCUUAACCAGUACAUGAAAUACGGUGUUUUUCUGCUGAGAUUGUCUCCAAAGCAUUGGCAAAUGGAGCAGGCACUUAAAAAAACACAGGCAACACACAUCCUUCCAAAACUAGUACCAAGAUUCUCAUCAGAAUUAAAUAAAAAAGACACCUUGGAGGACCCCAGGCAGACAUUAGCCAUUUCAGAAGACUCUUUUCACAAAAGUAGUGAAGGAAAGUCACCCAGGAGGAAGUCCAUUCUCACCCCAGAGAAAAUGAAAUCAGCCAUAUCAAACCAGGCUGAAAGUAUGGGUUCAGAAGACAGUUUGGACUUAUUUUCAGAUGAUAUGGACUUUGAUUUGGACCCCGUGCUAUAUUUCAAAGAACCAGAAGAGUUGCUUCAAGUCCUCACAGAGCUGGAAGAGCAGAAUCUUACUUUGGUCCAAUAUUCCCAAGAUGUAGAUGAAAAUCUUGAUGAUGUAAACAAAAGAGAAAAAGUUAUAAAGGAUAAAAUAAAUACCAACAUAGACUUUCUUUUGGAGCACAAGGAACUGCUUAAGGCUAACUGUGAGAGAGAAGAGGAAAAAGCAGCAGAAUUGGAAUUAAGGUCCCGGCUAUUUAGUUUUGGAGAGUUUAAUUCAGAUGCUCAGGAAAAACUGAUAGAUUCACUUAGUAAAAAAAUUAAUCAAGUGUACAAAGUCUGCAUUGGAGAUAGUGAGGUUGGCAGCCUUACCGCAGUUCAAAAGCUGGUAAAAGUAGAGUCUCGUCUGGGGGAACUGAGUGACCUCAUUGAAGGCAUUCCCAAAGACAGCAUGGAGGCAAUUGAGAGAAUUAAACAGAAAGAACGGCGGCAAAGGUUGCGUGAUGAGAAAAUGAGAGAAAAACUAAGACACCAGGAGGAAAGGCUAAAAGCUGCUCUGGAAAGGGCAGUAUCACAACCAAAGAAAAAGUUGGGAAGACGACUUGUCUAUCGUUCAGUACCUCCAUCUGAUAACAAACACAAACUAAUUUUAGUCAGUGACACAAGAGCAAAAACACAAGAGGAAGAAUAUUUUUUUACUUGAGAAGGAGCAGUAAGACAUUCAUUGCCAGAAUGCUUUAGGUAUAUUUUGUUGAUUUUGGCUUUCAGUAAUGGCAACAUUCUGCCCCAUAUUCUGCCUAAUCAAUUUGAGGAAGACAGGCCCUUAUUCUAAGGGCUACAGGAUUGAGUUAUUUUCUAUUGUUGAAACCUUUCAGUAUUUAUAUCGUAAAAGUAUUACUCUAUAUAGCUAAACAUUUAUAUCUACACUUUGAGUUGUACCAGUUGGGGAUACAAAUCCAAAGAUAGUUUAUUGAUAAAACUAUAUGAUAAAUGGCCACUGAAGUUAAUAAUGGCCAUUUUCUGACAACAUGAGGAUUUAAAUGAUAUAUUUUUUCAAUCCUUUUACAGGGAAGUUCAUAGCAUUUGGUUAUCACUAUGGAAUACACAUUUUAACAAUGUACAACUCUAAAAUAUCCAAGGGAUUUUAAACUUAAGUGAAAACCACUAGAUUAUGGUCUAGAACAUAACUUUGAAACUGGUUUUUAUUUCACAUUAAGUUCUCUUCAGAAAAAUUCUGAACAAACUAUAUGUAUGCCGUCAACCUAAACGUCAGUCCACAAUUUCGGUUGUACCCUGUCUCCACAAUCAUUUUAAUUUACAGAUGAUGUAUCAAUUUUAGCUAUAAUAUGUACAUUUAGCUUAUAUCGAUAUAGAACAUGUAAUUUAUUUACUAAGUAGAAUAAUACAGUAUAUAUUAAUACUAAGAGAAUGUUUAACUUUACACAUGUAAAGAGUGGCUCAAAAAUAACUUUAAAAGAAAAAGUUGUUUUUAAAAGGUCUCAGUUAAUAUAUAAUUACAAGAAAAGGUCUAAAAUCCAUCUUCAUACAAGUUUAUAAAGCAUAUAAUUCUUCUUCACAGAAAAAAACAGUAUUGGGCUUAUAAAAGAAAGCCAACUUAAGUAAAGUUGGGUGACUUUUAAUAAAUUAAUU